AUGGAUUAUGAUAGAUGGUCUGGACCUUCAGGCGUACCUAAAGCUUAUUUUGAUGAUUGCUUUGAAACAAUUUUAAAGUUGUUAGAAAAUGGGAAGCUACCAAGUCGUGGACAAUUAUAUAUUGAAACUCAUAAAAGGAAAGAUGGAUCAUUUGUAAAUGAAGCAGCAAAGACUAUAGCGGAACAAAUUGAAGUAGGAUUGACUCAAAGCAUAGUUGAUGAAUCUGAAGUUUCUCCUCUUGAUGCUGUUGGUAGAGUGUUAGGGUUAGAGCACUCUGGGAGAGUGCGAUGCAUGGGAUUAGGAGCUGUUCCUUCUAAUACAUUCAGGAACACAAGACUUCGAGCUUCUAGUCUGAGCUCUUCUUCAUUUGGUGUUGCCUUUCCAUCUUCAAACCAAUGGCAAGAGAAAUACAACAAUUUAGAAUAA